UUCAACCCGGUCUCUGUAGAUGCCAAGCGCGACAUAGCAGUUUUACCGUAUUCUAGUGGGACUAGUGGUCUACCAAAAGGUGUAGUUUUGACGCACUACAACGUCGGUGCUAACAUUCUCCAACUAGAGCAUCCAGAACUGCAGUAUUAUUUUGAAGAGGGUACCACACUUCUUGGCGUGUUACCUUUCUUUCACAUCUAUGGGAUGGUUGUAGUCCUCUUCUCGUCACUGUAUGCAGGCAGCAAGGUUGUCUCCUUGCCAAGGUUUGAGCCCGAGCUCUUCCUCAAUGCAAUCUCCAAAUAUAAGACAGACAUUGUCAACAUAGUUCCUCCCCUCAUCAUUUUCCUUGCCAAGCAUCCCAUGGUGGAUGACUACGACCUGUCUUGCAUUAGGCAAAUAACCUCGGGGGCUGCCCCACUGGGUGGGGAUUUGGUUGAGGCUGCUCGAGCCAGAUUAAAGUGUGAUGUCAUUAGGCAGGCAUACGGACUCACAGAAACAAGUCCCGUGACACACAUGGUUCCUGCCUCACUCAGCAAGGAGAAACCGCAGUCCAUUGGAGUUCCGGUCAAAAGUACCGAUGUAAAAGUGGUGGACCCUGAAACCAACGAGACCCGGUCGACCGGAGAAGAAGGAGAGAUUUGGAUCAGAGGUCCCAACGUCAUGAAAGGCUACCUCAAUCUCCCGGACGCCACCAGGAACUGCAUCACUGACGAUGGGUGGUUUCGUACCGGGGACAUUGGCCACUUUGACGAGGACGGCUGGUUCUACAUCACAGACCGACUCAAGGAGCUGAUCAAGGUGAAGGGUCUGCAGGUGGCCCCGGCAGAGCUGGAAGCUCUCCUGGUGACCCACGAGAAGAUCGCCGAUGCGGCAGUCAUCGGAGUGGCCAACGAGAGACUGGGAGAGGCUCCGAGAGCCUACGUCGUGAAGAAAAACUCUAGUCUCCGGGAGAGAGAGGUUGAGGAGUACGUCGCUGGGAGGGUGGCCAAACACAAGCAUCUCGUAGGAGGGGUGGAGUUUGUUGAUGCCAUUCCGAAGUCUGCUUCUGGGAAGAUUCUGCGCCGUUUGUUGAAACAGAUUUAA